AGCUCGCAAGGAAAGACACCGUUAUCAAUGAUGAAGGAAUAUUGAUGACAAUAAGCCAGCUAUUCUUACAAAUAUGACUAUUUCUUGAACAAGCUAGCAAAAAAAUAACCUUUGUUGGACGUUUUUAAUCUUAAUAGUAGUAGUUGUCACUGGUUUCACAAAAGCAAAGGGUUUAAAAUGUCGGAAAUGCGUGUUUUGCAUCAACGGAUAAGCUCUGUCAUCAUGGACAUAUUAGCCUCCGCUGCGGUUACAGAGAUUUGUAAGUUAGUAGAAGAUUGUUGUGGAGCAUUACGUGCAGAAGUCUCUCAAAGCAAGGAACAAAUCAAAAUACUACAGAAACAACUCAGCCUGGCUGAGUCGAGUUACAGGUCGGUGAGUUGCAACGAAGGUCAGACGCCUGUCAGCAGCGGCUCACCGAUAAAUAACAAUAUUUCGGGAAAUUCCCCCGCGGCCAAUGAAGAUGAUGCGGACGACACUCACGAUGACGAAGAUUUUCAGCAGUUCAUUGUCUCUGAAGUGGAGUUUCCCCCCGAGCAGCAGGAGUGGAGCCCCAGUCUGGGGAAAGAUGACAGGAACCCCAUACAGAUUAAAGAGGAACAGGAGGAAUUCAGUAUCAUCCAGGAGAAGGAAGACUCUGUAUUCACCCUUGCCUGGGUGAAAAGUGACUAUGAUCAGUACCCAACUCAGUCCUCACAAAUCCAAAGUGAAAAAGACAGAAUGGACUCGACUGAACAUAUCAAAAGAGAACCUAAGGAAGAUGAUUCCUCAGAGACAACCAGUGACUCUCAUCCCCAGUGCAAAUUGAAGAAGACAUGGACAGAAAAAGGACAAAGCUCGAAUGGUAGAAAAUCCAUGGAUCUGAAAUCACCAGUGCAAAGGAGUCACACAGAAGUGCAACCAUUUUGCUGUAGUGAUUGUGGGGAACGUUUCACUCAGAUGGGAAAACUGGAUGCUCAUAGGAAGGUCCACACAGGAGAGAAACCGCAUAGCUGUGGUGAAUGUGGCAAAUGUUUUACUCAAGUUGGGUACCUGAACUAUCACAGAAAGACGCACACAGGGGAGAAACCUCAUCGCUGUCAUGAUUGUGGCAAAUGUUUCUUUCGAGUUGGUGAUCUGACGCUUCAUAUGAGGAUUCACACAGGGGAAAAACCGCUUUGCUGCCAGGUCUGUGGCAAAUGUUUUGCUCGUCCUAGUAAUCUGAGGUCUCACAUUAGGAUUCACACAGAGAAAUCUUAUAGCUGUCAUUAUUGUGGCAAAUAUUUUCGUCAUAAAGGUAAUCUGACAGCGCAUAUGAGGAUUCACACGAGGAAAAUCACAUCAUUGUCCCUAUAGUAGCAGAUCUUUCACCACUGGCGAUAAUCAGUGAUUUAAAGUAUAUUGCAGUCAGGAUUGUUGUAAAUGUUUCACUAAUUGUUAGAAUAUGAGGAGACCGAAGGGAGGAACCACAUGCUACCAUGACUGGCAAAUAUUUCAUAAUCUUAGGUCUUCUGAGAGCUCUUUUGUUUGAGACAUGGUUCACAUCAGGGAAUGCUUCAUGUGAAUAGCAAAUUCACAUUUUGGGAUUGUUUUUUUUAUAUUGCAGGGCAGCUCUUACCAACAUCUCCAAUCUCGUCUCAUUGAUUGAACACCAGGUUAGCUGAGUCCUGACUCCAAUUAGCUUUUGGAGAAGUCAUUAGCCUAGGGGUUCACCUACUUUUCCCAACCUAUACCGUGUAUGUUUAGAAUAAUGUAUUCAAUAUAGACAAGAAAAAUAUAAUUUGUUAUUAGUUUAAGCACACUGUGUUUGUCUAUUGUUGUGACUUAGAGGAAGAUCAGAUCACAUUUAUUUUGACCAAUUUAUGUGGAAAUCCAGGUAAUUCCAAAGGGUUUACAUACUUUUUCUUGCAACUGUAUUCCUCUGGCAGAUACACACCCCUUUUAAACUAUUCAGGGUCAAAGAUAGAUCCAACCCUUGGCUUUCAUCUUAGCUCAUUCAGAUUAGAAGUCAGGCCUCGGCCAAUUCAAGGAAAACUGACUCUGGCAAUUUUUCAGACAAUUGAGAAACAGAUGUACUAUUUUUGAUUAAGAAAGCUAAAUCGAGCUAUUUUUUAUGCUCUGCUGGUGAUUCUUCAAAAUUUGGGAAAACAGUCAAUGUGCUGAAGUGUACAAAUUCCUCCUCUUCCAUGCCUAAGCAAGUUCUGUCUGACUCUGGCAUUAUAACUGAGAAGAAUGGCAUUAUAACUGAGAAGAAUGGCAUUAUAACUGAGAAGAAUGGCAUUAUAACUGAGAAGAAUGGCAUUAUAACUGAGAAGAAUGGCAUCAUAACUGAGAAGUAUGGCAUCAUAACUGAGAAGUAUGGCAUCAUAACUGAGAAGAAUGGCAUCAUAACUGAGAAGAAUGGCAUCAUAACUGAGAAGAAUGGCAUCAUAACUGAGAAGAAUGUGAUAAAUGAUGCUUUUAAUCCCACGGGGGGACCAGGGUUUAAUUCCCACGGGGGGACCAGGAUGAAUAUGUAUGAACUUUCCAAUUUGUAAGUCGCUCUGGAUAAGAGCGUCUGCUAAAUGUAAAAUGUAUGUAAAAUGUUAAUCAUUAUUUCAUCCCGGCAGGCUUUUUAUUUGAGAAAAACUGGUUUAAUUGACCAUGGUCAGUCAAUCAACUGCUUUUCCCUCUGCCAGCCUCUAGCUGACACGACGGUUAACCUGUCAACUUCUAAUGAAUCUUUUGUUUUCAUUUCAACAAUUUACUAUCUGUGACGUGCUCGAUGCCUUUUCUUAAGAUUGGUGUUAAAAAAAAUCCCCUGUGGCUGAUAUUCCUGAUACAUGUUUGCCACAGCUCACUGCCUCCCUGAUUUCUGUAUUAUUAACACAUAUUUUUAACCUGACGAUUAUAUAUCUGGUACUACCCCUAAAGUUUGGAAGGCGGCCCAUGUACUCCCCCUUCACAAAGUGGUGACCCUUGUGACCUAAAUACUUAUUGGCCUAUUUCUAAACUUUCUUGCCUUGCUAAAAUAUUAGAAUCCUUGAUUUAAUUCUGUACAUCAGAAUUAAUCAGUCUGGUUUUAGACCAGGUCAAAGCACUAUCUCUGCUCCAUCCCUAGUUAUACAUGAUGUGGUUAGCUGUAUAGAUGAAAGGCAACAUCGUGCUGCCCUCUUCAUUAACCUGUCAAAGGCUUUCAAUACUGUUAAUCACUCACUGCUAAUUCAGAGGCUUUCAAUUGGCCUAGACCGGGCUGCAUGUAACUGGUUUAAAAAUUACUUGACAGAUAUAACUCAAUGUAUAUCUCCUGAUGUUAAAUCAGGUUUUCUGGAUAUUAGGAAAGGUGUUCUUCGGGUCUAUUCUGGGUCCUGUACUUUUUACAUUAACAAUAUCACCUUAUCUGUAAUAUAUUGUAACCUGCACUUGUAUGCCAAUGAUACUGUUGUGUAUGUUAUUGCCCCCACGGUUGACCAGGCUCUAUCUGAACUUCAGUCUGCCUUCAUUGUAUUACAGAAAAACUUUAUUGACCUAAAAUUAGUACUGAAAACUAAGUAUUAUGUUGUUCUCUAGAGCGCAUAAAAAUAAGUCUGAUGUUAAGCAUGUGUACUUUGGAUGGUCACUUUUUACCCACUAUUGAGUACUUUCUUCCUUUGAAGUCAUGAUAAAACAUUUUAUGGAAAA